AUGCGUUCUUACAUCGCUGUUGCUGCCAUUGCAGCUCUUGCUCAGGCCCAGGACCUCGAUUGGGAUGCUGUCCUUCAAGCGACUCCCGCUCCCGAGGUCACUAUCCCUGUGGUCUACGCUACCGCUCCUACCACCACAGCCACUGCUACAACAGUCUCUUAUUCCAGCGAGGCAGCCGCUGCUUCUGUGAGCUCCGCUCUUGUUGCCAACCCUGAUGACUCCUUCCCUCUGGACUCUGCCAUUGCCAAGCGCGCUGCUGCUACCUCCUGCCAGGUCCAGCCCACUGGUGUCGCUGUUGGACCUCAGUCAACCGAUGACUCUGUCAGUGCCUUCUUGGCAUACCCUUCGUUCUCUGCCAGCGCCGCUUCUGCUGCUGCUCCAAGUGCCGUGCCCAGCGGCUACGUGAACACCUUCAGCAAUCUGCAGGCAUCCAACAAUGCCUACGGAUAUAUGGGAUACACUCUCCUUACUGAGUACAACCAGCAGACGUGCGCGAACAAGUGCACCAAGAUCAACGGAUGCCAGUCGUUCAACAUCUACUACGAGCGUGAUCCCACUGUGAACCCUGACGACUCCUCCUGUUCAAACCCUGCAUCUCUGACUCAGAUCAAGUGCGUGUUCUGGUCAGGACCUGUCACCACCGACAACGCCAACAACUUUGGCCAAUGGCGUAACCAAUUCCAGGUCGUGAUUGCUGGAUCAAACGGUUAUGUCAACAAGUCUAUUGCUACACCCGACGGCUACAACGCUGGUGUCUUCCUCGACAAGUCUGCCAUCAACGCUCCUCUUGACUGCACCGGUGAUGACUCCUUCAUUGGCUCAAGACUGCUCACCAACACUGUAUUCGAUGCCAACCUUUGCGCAGUUGCUUGCAACGAGCAGGCCAGCUAUGCCCUCCAGCACCCCCCCUACUGA